CACGAAAAAUUAUACCAUAUGUAGAAUCACACGAUGACGUAGACGUUUGUAAAAAGACGUAAGUCACACAUAUCUUGCCAUGUGUGAACACUAGAACAGUUGCAUCUAAAUGUUUCCAGUCUGUGGACAAUGAUAACAUAGCAAGGUGGAUAUUGAUAUUGAUAACAGCUUGUGUUGACUUAGAGAGGGAUAGCCUUUCCUCAGGUUAAUCAAGCACCGCCUAUGUUUGUCUUUCUAUGUCUACAUAGCUGUACCAUCACCGUUACCAUAAGGGUGUCACGCAAAGAAUCUCGCUCUGGUCACCCAGCGACCAACCCCAAAACAAUAUUUAAUUUAAUUACACCGGUAAAAUGGUCAAAUGUUAUUUUAAUAUUGUUAGUGAUCUGGUCAAUUUGUUGUCGUAGCCAUCAGCGCGAAAGUAAUACCUUGCACUAUCGUGGUCAACACUGAAGGUGAGAUUAUAGGAUUUGCAAUUCUUAUGGGAUACAGUUUGUCGAGGCACAUUUGUCAUGUUCAUUGGCUGUCAUGCAAAAGACGACUAUCCAUUUAACGCUAUCCAUAUUUAUUGAGUAACUUAUUAUUUAGCAGCAACUCCCAACGGAUGGUGGAUGUUAUACAUAGGAUGCCUGAAAAGCCGUGGGUUGAAUUAGCAACAUGCUGCUAUCUCUUUAUGCGAAGGCACGUAUCUUAUUUAGUCAAAAACUGUGCCAGCGUUCGUCGCAACCGAUAAAUAACUACUUUGUUGAUUUCAACCUGACCUAAAAUUGGAAAUUUCGAAACUAGACAGUUGGAAGGUAGGAUAACAACGAAUUGACAGAACUGACAGCAGACAUCUAGAAAGCACAGAUUUAAAAACUCAUCUUGGCGCGUACCAAAACACAAGCAUAAGAAGAACCAUUCGGAAUAACAGACGGCGAUCAAACCUUCAAGAAGAAAUCUCUUAUAAAGAAGGAUGGGACAUAAAUAUCAUUCCACAUAAGAAUACCUUUAAAGUUGUAAAGUAAUUGUGUGGAUUCUGUAGCAUGUAAGGAACUUUUUUUGACGGCAGAAUGAGGUUACGUUCGGAGUCCCGCCGCCCUAAGACACAGGAAACUUUGCCAUUUUUGUCUAGGGUGUAUUCACAAACUGUUGUCGUUGAUUCCACCUCUGAGAGGGUCCCAGUCCUUCCUAAGACGCUGGCUAGCAGUUUUGUAUCUGGAAGAGUGUUAACACAGUCUAGAUACGGAAGAAAGAGCAACAAUCAAGAAUCUCUGCCUCGAGCAGACCUCAACUCACGCGGACUUGUAGCAAAUCGAGACGUACUACAGAGAGAGGCCACCAACAGCGGAACUCGAACAAGUUCCCUACCGUUAACCAGAAGUCAAAAAUUGGUCGAAACUAGUGCUCGCAAUGUAUCUUCGGCUCCAAGCAAGAAGCAGACCUCCCCUACCCGAGCUCUCCCCAAGAUUAACAACCUGGUGAACAGUGGCGCAGAUCCUAAUAGCCAGGAGACACACACUUCACGGGGACACAGAGACGGUUAUGCAGGUAAAUCAACAAGAGAUAAAGAUGCGCAAUUUGUUAAGUCUAAGAAAUUUGCGAGCAGUUGGGCCCACAAUAGAGCAGAUAUUUCACCGAGGUCUCAACACCAAAACAAGUCGGACACAAAAAGCGUCGCAACAAGUGAUUCUAGUCAACAAGCCCAUGCGAAACCGCAAGGAAUUUUACGUAACAAUACUAAACACGACGAAGGUUCAAAGGCGACUCAGGAAAUCGCAAACACUGAAAACGGCGUUAGAACCCGAUCUGGUGCUUCGACUGGUAAAGAUGUAAAUAACAAUGUAGGAAGUGCCCACAAAGCUCAGUCGCAAUCUAGUCAAACCAGGGACACAACUAAACAACCGUCCGUUACAGUUACCUCAGAGAAAUUUGCUGAACACGGGACUACGAAAAAGCCCGACGGGAACGUUCAAACGUUAAAGAGAGAAUUCACUCGAAACAAAACAACUUUUACAUUGAAGACAAAGGUUGAAGAAUUGCCUGUCGAAUAUCAAAGAAGCAAAUCUAUUUAUGUUGCUGAAACUCGUCGACUAUUAGACACAUCUAAGUCAGAGACGCGCCCUUCGAAAAAAGAAAUUCUGAUUCGAAAAAUUCCUCCGUGGAGGAGAUCUAAAGAUUACGUUUUAACACCAAAUGAAACCACGAAAUACCGAGAGAUAACCAGCGUAUACGGGACACAAACGGAAAUUCACAAAAAGCAAAGGAAACGAGAAUUCUUUAAGCGUUUAUCGAAGGUCCAAAUGGACGCGGUCAUACAGCACAACAAGUCUGUAGAGAAACAGGAACAAAUGAAACGCCAAACAAGGGCAAGGCAGCAAAAGGAAUUAAAGAGAGUGCGAGAGAGGUUUGAAAAAGAACAAAAACAACGCUUUAUGAGCCAGUAUGUCACUAGUCGGGUGCUUCAAGUUGAGAAAGAGACUCGGUAUGAAUACGGUCUUCCAGAAGAUCUCCAUAAAGUCCAAGGCAAUCAAAUGAAACUGAAGCGCAAAAAGUCUGUCUAUAUCCCUCUAAAUAAGUUUAAAAAGGGAGUCAACCAAGUGAAGAAUAUGAACAGGUUCAAGAAAAUGUUUGACAUUCAUUUUGGUCCAUCAUGGGACCAGAAAGCGAAGGUUCCCAAAAUGGAAGGGGUGGAUGUCGUGACAGUGGACGAAAUUGAUGAACAUGGUAACAGGAAAACCAAGAAAUUAGACAUAAAGUCAGUGAUGCACGAGGCGAAUCAUCUGGCAACGCCGGAAGACGAAACCCAUGAAAAGGACACACUAGGCCUUGGCGACCCAGAGGUCGAUAAACUCUCUGUUGCGUCCCUCCAGAUAGACGAUGACGACGGCACCAGUGAUAUAUUUGAAAAAGCGAUGGAGAAAUACGGGAUAGAUUUAGAUAGUGAGGACGACGACGAUGACGAUGUGGACGAAACAAGAAAGGAAGAUCCUACUUUAGUAUGACCCCUGUAAUUAGCUGCUGGUUAAGGCAGGGUUUUCCUCGGGGAAAUGCUUUACAAAAAACUUCUCGUUUCAAAGCCAUUCCUCUGGUGCUAAGAUUUUGACCGACAAAUACGCAUUAUACAUGUUUUCUCCGCGUUUUUAUUUCAUGCGUUAAAAGAAGCUACAUGUACCCAUGAAAGGAACUUCAGAGAGAGAGUUGUAUUCUACAAAAAAAUUUAUGAAUUUUAUACUUCAUGAGUAGGGUAGUAAAGGUGGUUCAAGCUAAAACAGAUUCUUUAUGAAAAAUUGCUUUCUCCGCGAAACACAAAACAAAAUUUAUUUGAAGGCAUAGCAUACAGAACGAGCACAGAAGCAAAAAUUAAACAAGCCAAAUAAAAAGCCAGUCGAAAAUUUGAAAGUGAAAAAAUGAAGAUCAAAUGCUACAAGACCGUAGAUCUCCCGAUUUUAUCUUUCAUGGUUGACAUUGAAAAGUCCAUGUGUGUACAUGCUUUAGUUAUGUGACUUUAUCUGUCAAAUGUGAAAUGUACGUCAUCUUGUUUAUUCCAUGAUUAGAAACGCUACUAUAAUGAACGUUUACUCAAAAGUGGCUAUCGAAUCUAAACAGUUUCUUGAUGAGUUUGAUAUACAUUCAAUUUGUGUAAAGUUUUUUUCCCUAUGUAAAAGAAAGAUGUGAUUAAAUGAGUACUGGGAAAGCAUUUUUUAAAAUCAGAACCUUUUCCUGUAUAGAAUGUUCAGCUUAUCUUUGUUUUUUUCUUCUUAAAUUAUAAUUGAAAAUACUACAUUUUAUGAUAUUUUUG